AUGGGCCUUCUAGACGGUCUCAUAGCAGGCGUCGUUGGCAGCGUCCUGCCUAGGGUCCUCUACACGGCAGUGGCCACAUUGGAACAGUCCAACACCAAUGGACUAUCGGUACUAGGCACAUUAUUUGCCCCCACCCUCCCCCCAUUUCUCAGCGACGACCCAGCCCACGACCCAUUCCCCUGGGGCGACCGCACCGACUCCGGCACCAACCCCUACCUCGAAUACCCGCUAACCGGCGACGUCCGCCGCUACGAAUUCGUCAUCAGCCGGGGCGUGAUCGCCCCCGACGGCUACGAGCGUGAAGUUCUCCUCGUCAACGGCGCCUACCCAGGCCCCCUGAUCGAAGCCAACUGGGGCGACACCAUCGUGGUCAAAGUGCACAACAACAUCACGGGUCCGGACGAAGGCACGGCGAUCCACUGGCAUGGGUUCCUGCAGCACGAGACGCCCUGGGAGGACGGGGCGCCGGGUAUCUCGCAGUGUCCGAUUACGCCAAGGGGCACGUACCAGUAUGAGUUUGUGGCGAGUUUGUAUGGGACCAGUUGGUAUCAUGCGCAUUACUCGGCGCAGUAUACCGGGGGUAUUGUUGGGCCGAUUGUGGUGCAUGGGCCGACGCAUGAGAAGUAUGAUAUUGACCUGGGACCGGUCAUGUUGAGUGACUGGUACCACAAAGAAUACUUCGACAUCGUCGAAGAAAUGCUCGCCCCCCACGGCAACCCCAAAGUCUACUCGGACAACAACCUGAUCAACGGCAAAAUGCACUUCGACUGUUCCACCCUGCCCCCCAACGACACCCACCGCUGCACCAACAACGCCGGCCUCGCCCAAUUCCGCUUCCACACCGGCAAAACCCACCGCCUGCGUCUCAUCAACUCCGGCGGCGAUGGCGUCCAGCGCUUCUCCAUCGACGAGCACACCCUCACCGUCAUCGCCGAAGACUUUGUCCCCGUCCAACCCUACAACACCACGGUAGUCACCCUCGGCGUGGGCCAGCGCGCCGACGUCCUCGUCACAGCCAACGCGAGCAAAUCCCCCAACGCGACCUUCUGGAUGCGCUCCAACCUGACGUCCUGCUCCCCAGCACACCAGCCCUACGCCGUCGCAGCGGUGCAUUACGACCAGGCCAACACGUCGACCACGCCGGACAGUCGGGCGUGGGAUGUGCCCGACCCGGAGAAUUGCGCGAAUGAUCCGCUGGGAACGUCGGAACCGCUGUUUCCCAUUCCGGUGCCGAAGCCGACGAUGGUGGAGGAGAUGGGGAUUGAGUUGUUCCGGAAUGAGUCGGAUGUGGCGCUCUGGAGGUUUAAUGGUGUGUCGAUGCGGACGGAUUAUAAUGCUCCGGUGAUUUUGUUGGCGAAUGAUGGGGUGUUUCGGUAUCCGGAGGAGUGGAAUGUGGUGAAUUGUCGGAAUCAUACCAAGAUUCGGAUUAUCGUGAAUAAUAGGGGUGGGGGGUCCCACCCCAUGCAUCUCCACGGCCACAACUUCUACGUCCUCCACGAAGGCCACGGCGAAUGGGACGGCACCAUCGUGCGCCCGUCCAACCCGACCCGUCGAGACGUAUACCUCGUCCGAGCCAACGGCCAUCUAGUGAUCCAAUUCGACGGCGCGCCAGGAGUCUGGGCCUUCCACUGCCACAUCGCCUGGCAUGCCUCGGGCGGCUUCCUCACCACGCUGAUUGUGCGCCCCGACAAGGUGGAGCAGCUGGAGAUCCCGCGGGACGUCGAAAAGACCUGUCGGUCCUGGGACUUGUGGUCCAAGUAUAACAUUGUUGACCAGAUUGAUAGUGGGACAUAA